CUUCCCAAAGCUCCUCCUCAAUUCUAUUCUCCUGGCGUGCAUCCUCGGCGAAACUCUCUGAGAAUGAGGAGGAGCGACGGAGCGACGCCGCCUCCUGAGGAGUCAUGGAUGGGUUCGUACGAGCAGUUGCUGCCUCGAUGGCAAUCCCUUCCCUCUUCUCACCUGUCAACAAUACCGGUAGCAAUAUCCAGAGUGAAUCAGUUUGAUGCCGCGAGACUUGAUGUUGAAAUGUCAGCCAUGUUGAAGGAGCAGUUGGUCAAGGUUUUCACUUUGAUGAAGCCAGGGAUGCUGUUUCAAUACGAGCCAGAACUUGACGCGUUCCUUGAGUUUCUCAUUUGGAGAUUCUCUAUUUGGGUCGAUAAACCUACCCCCGGAAAUGCUCUCAUGAAUCUGAGGUACCGAGACGAACGGGUCACAGAAGGACGAGGGAAAGUCAGAACUGGACUAGAAGGGACCGGACUUACUGUCUCUCAAAAGAUUUGGUAUUGUGUUGCCUCUGUUGGUGGUCAGUACCUCUGGUCUCGUUUGCAGUUCUUUUCUGCUUUCCGGAGAUGGGGUGAUUCUGAGCAGAGACCAUUGGCGAGGCGGGUUUGGACUAUGAUACAGCGAAUAGAAGGCGUCUACAAAGCUGCAUCCUUUAUUAACCUAUUAUUAUUUCUUUAUACAGGAAGGUAUAGGAACCUCAUUGAAAGAAUUUUAAGAGCUAGGCUUGUUUACAGGAGUCCCCAUAUGAACCGAUCUGUCAGCUUCGAGUACAUGAACCGCCAGCUCGUCUGGAAUGAAUUCUCAGAAAUGCUUUUGUUACUUCUUCCAUUGCUCAAUUCCUCAGCUGUUAAGAACAUUCUUAGUCCAUUUUCAAAGGACAAGUCCUCAAACUCGAAGGAGGACACUGUGACUUGUCCAAUUUGCCGGGUUGAUCCUGCAACUCCUUUUCUUGCUCUCCCUUGCCAGCACAGGUAUUGUUACUACUGCAUAAGGACACGUUGUGCUUCAGCAGCAUCCUUCCGAUGUCUUAGAUGUAACGAACCAGUUGUUGCCAUACAACGGGAAGGUGGUGUCCAUAAAAAGUUGUAGUUUCGACUUUGAUCAGGGAUCUGCAUUACGCAAAUCUUCAGAAAUGCCAGUGAUUCUGGCUCAGUACAAUUCCCAGGCACACGGGCCAAACUGAAGGAUGGUGGAUAAGGAUAAUAGUUCUCGUGAUCGACUCUCAGUUCGUGGAUAAUAUCUAUAUAUUUUUCGUGGGUAGGAGUCCAUUGAUUCUUGUAACAAUGUCUUCAGUAAUAAUCAGAGCAAAAUUUGUUUGUGGGCUUAGUGUUAUUGAAAUGAAGUUGAAAAAGGCUCAGCGUGAUCUACCUAGAGAGAGAGGCUUCUGCUAGAACAAACGCUUGAGUUGUGGUGGAAGAUGUAUUGACUCUUUCUUGAGUUGCUGUGGAAUAUACUCUCUGGUUUUUUGAAUC